AUGGCUUCCGCAGACUCUUACCUUAGGUGGAAACACCUCCACAAGGUUUUAACCAAGCCGGGACCUUUCAGCGAUGAAGACUGGGUGCCUGGUCCGGAAACCAUUAGUGCUUUGGAGACGUCAAAAAUUCUAGUGAUCGGGGCUGGAGGUCUAGGAUGCGAGAUCCUGAAGAACCUUGCUUUGUCCGGUUUCAAGGAUAUCCAUGUUAUUGAUAUGGAUACCAUCGACAUCUCUAAUCUGAAUCGUCAGUUUUUAUUUCGUCAGUCUGACAUCGGCAAACCUAAAGCCGAGGUUGCGGCUGCUUUCGUAGAGAGACGAGUCAAAGGCGUCAAAAUUACCCCUUAUGUAGGGAAGAUUCAAGAUAAGGAUGAGGAUUACUAUAUGCAGUUCAAGAUAGUCGUUUGCGGUCUCGAUAGCAUAGAAGCAAGACGAUGGAUCAAUGCCACCCUUAUUGGCAUGGUUGAUCCUGAAAACCCUGAGAGCCUGAAGCCUCUCAUUGAUGGAGGAACUGAAGGUAUGGAAUUCGACCACCCUGGGCCAUCACAGGAGGCUAACAAGGACCAGGCUUCAAAGGGCAGGCGCGUGUUAUUCUACCAACUCUGUCUUCGUGCAUUGAAUCCCCAGCAUUGUAUCGAGUGGGCGCAUCAGAUCGCCUGGCAGGAAAAGCGCAAGGACGACCCUUUCGAUAGUGAUGAUCUGGACCACAUUAAUUGGCUGUACAAUGCGGCUCUGGAGCGAGCAAAGCAAUUCCAUAUCCACGGAGUCACCUUCCAGAUGACCCAGGGUGUAGUCAAGAACAUCAUUCCUGCAAUCGCCUCUACAAACGCCGUCAUUGCCGCUGCGACAACAUCUGAGGCAUUAAAGAUCGCCACAUCGUGCAACCCGUACCUUGACAACUAUAUGAUGUACGCCGGCGAAGAAGGUGUGUACACCUAUACGUUCGAGGCUGAAAAGAAACCGGAUUGCCCUGUCUGUGGCAACCUCGCGCGAAGCAUGACCGUUGAUCCGGACAUGACGCUGCAAGAGUACAUCGACACUCUUGGCGACCGGCCGGAAGCUCAGCUUAAGAAGCCUAGCAUGAGAACGGAAGAAAAGACACUCUACCAGCGUUUCCCGCCUCAAUUGGAGGAACAGACCAGGGCCAAUCUAAACUACAAGCUUAGAGAUUUAGUAGAAGACGGGCAAGAGAUCGCAGUCAGCGACCCCGCUUAUACUAUCGAUUUCCGCUACCGGUUGCUGUUCAAAUAA